AUGGAUCCAUCUGCGGAUGAACUGCAGGUCAAUCCUCUCGACGAAGAGAUUGCAUCGCUCAAAAAACAAGGCAAGUCGUCCGGCCCUCGCGUGUCAAUCGCUUUGCGCAUCACAUCACAUCACACACACUCCCCCAAACUAACAGCCAUUCUGCUCAACACAGUCGCUCACCUCCGCAAAACCCUCAAAAUCGAAUGCUCAACAAUCCUCUCGUCGCCCUCCAUCAAAGACGUCCUCGUCGCCUCCUUGAACCCCCAGCCCACCCCUAAAUCAGCAGCCCUCCGCCCUCGCAAGCCCCGAAAGUCCACCGACCGCGACGAGCACCUCCUCCUCACCCGCUCCAAGCAGCAAGAAGCCUACAACCAGCAAUGCCUCUACCGAAUCUGCGCCUCCGUUACCGCCUUCAAAGUCCACGAUCCCGACCCUAACGCCGUUGAUGGCGGACACGUGCUCGGCCUGCGCUUCGAGGUCAUGACACGCGGCCAGUUCCUGCAGCCCUACUACGUUAUGCUCAAUCGCCCGUACCCCAACAGCAGCAAGGCCCUGCGCAUACAUCGACACACAGUUCCGCCGGCAAUCCCGCUGCCGGGCCUGGCGGCGAGGCACUUGCCCGCGCCCAAACAACAGUCGGGCAGCGACAGCUCAAUACCUCUGCCGAAACAAGACCUUGAGAGAUUUGUGAAGUCGUUGAGGAGAGAAAUUAUGAGGUACCACAACAGGCUGGGUGUUUCAGCAGACCUGCGGCGCAGUCUAGGAGCCCACAGCCAGGCGGCAGCAGAUGGGUCAUCAAUACCUCCAAAUGCCAUUGUCGACGUCAGCAUUGCCGACACCGAGGCCAAGCAAAUACGCCUGACUUGGGCCGAUGAGAGAAACGGCCGCCUGGUUAUGGACGAUGAUGGUAAAGUGGUCAAAUUCAUGGUGUUUGGGGCAGAGGGGAGAGAUUGGGAGACGACAAAGCAGCUCACGGAGAGCCAGGGGCGGGUCGAGGAUGUUGCCAAGAUGUUGGAAGAGUACGCGGCCGGGAGAGACUCUUGA